GCUUAUACAUGUAUAUAAGACCUAAGAUAACGGUAUCAGUCGUUCUUGUGUCUGUCGUCAACAUGAAGACCUCCGUGCUACUGUUGUUUUGCUCUGUUUCAAUGGAUCUUACGGCCAGCUGGGUCUUGGGCGGAGGCUUUCCAGUGGACACGAAGGACUUGCAAGAUGAUGGAGACUGGCUGCUGGAUGAUGCUGAUCUUCUGUCUGGGUCGGGCUCUGCUGAUUAUUCAGGUUCCGGUUAUAGGGACUAUGAAGCGCCCGUAACAACAACAACAACAACAAAAACAACAUCCACGUCAUUAAAACCACAACGUUCCAGUUCAGCGGAAUCUUCACAGACAUACACCACACAGACAACAGGUUCAAGCACAGCUGAACUUCAACAGACAACAACGGCACAAGCAAAAACAAUGUCGACAGGUUCAACCACAACGGAGUCCCAACAGACAACCACUUCACGUUUAAAAGCAGUGUCGACAACAAAAUUAUCAGGUUCAAGCACAUCUGAACUUCAACAGACGAGCACAGCACAAGCAAAAAUAAAGUCAACAGGCUCAACCACAACUGAGACCCAACAGACAACGACUUCACGUUUAACAGCAGUGUCGACAACAACAUCAUCAGAUUCAACCAAAGCAGAGAAAGUAUCAACAUCAAAGUCAUCAGGCACCGAGAACGUGGUUGUGGAGCUGUCAGUUACAGACACCAAUGGGACGAGAUUUUAUCUCAUUGGUGGCCUCAUAGGCUCUGGCUUGGUCAUUCUACUGGUUGCUGUCGUUCUGGGUGUCGUCGUCAAACGCAGAGUGUCACGCAGAGAGGAACCACUACUCGGUGACGACAUGAGGGAUGCACGCGGCUAUAAAUAUUAACACUUUAUAGAACGGAGGACCAACACACCAAUCAAGGCAGCUCUACAUGACAGAAGAUAUUUAGACAAUUGUGUUCCAAUAACGAAGAUACAAGGUCUCAGGGCUACAUGUUGACCAUGAGAAUAUGCCCACCGUUGUUUGUACACAGGAAGAAAACGUAAUUGAUCAUGUUCCUAUUUAUCAAUUUGUGAAGGUUUUCUUUUCUGAACUAUUUCAUGUAUAUUGGUGAUCACUUGGGCUUCAGUGCAGUCUAGACUAAAACACAAAUUCUGAUUAUGGUGCUUCACACAAAAUUAAGGGAAACGCUAGUUUCAUUUAAUGGCGUAAUUGUAGACUGCAUUAGUUUCAAGAUUAACACAUUAAAAGAUUUUUGGACCAAAACUACGCUUUCUGCUUCAUCGAAUGAAGCGACACAAAGUUUUAUGAGAGAAUAUGGGAUUCGUAGCCACGAUCAAGGGUUUAAAUCACCACUAGGGGAGACAACUCUGCAGAGUGCUUCAGACAACAGGUUCAUAAUUGCUCUCUGUUAAAACUAUAAUAAAACACUGUUCCAACAGUUUAUUGAAGGCAAAAUACUUCCGUGUACCAGUUAAAUCUGCAUCAGGGAUGUACUUUUCAAGGCAGCUAGAGGAAAUGAUGCUACAGUAUUCGAUGUGGUAGUUUAUAUUUCUGUACAUGUGUUUAAAUAAACAUAUAUUGUAAAUAGA